AUGAGCGUCGAACUCAAGAUCUGGCCUUCCCGGAAUGGGAAAUUCUCAGGGGUAUCAAGGAGCGAAAGCCUGGCGGGCCUGGUGUACGCAGACCGGGCUGAGGCGGUGACGAGAGUGACCACAGGGCUCUGCAGAGGCAUUUGCUCACGGGGAGAUGGGGUCGGUUGGGACAUGCGGUUACACCUGCAUCAUUAUGAUGGGAAAGGCUCCGAUGAGCGGUCAAAAUGGAUGAAUUUGAAGGAGGAAAUUAUUGAGGAAGCGAUGGCCUUGAGCUGGAGAGAUAAGAUGGUGGAGUUUUGUGCUAAGAAAAAAUGUGACGGUGGAUUUGGAUGCAGUAGUGAUGGUGGUGGUGGUAAUAGCAGAAGUAACUGCAAUAAAGUAACAACUCAAUCAUAUGACUAUCAGGAACGUGGGAAAACUUUUUGUCAAUACUCAAACCCUGUUCAAUAUGAGAAAACACAUUCUAGUGAAAAAUCCUACAAAUAUAAAGACUGUGGGAAGAACUUUAGUAAUGAACAUCAGCUCACUGUACAUCAGAGAUUUCAUGUUGGUAAGAAACCUUAUAAAUGUAAGGAACGUGUGAAGUCCUUUAGUACCUUUUUGUACCUUGUUCAACAUCAGAGAACUCACACUGUUAAGAAACUCUAUGAAUGUAAAGAAUGUGGGAAGGCUUUUAUUAGAGGCUCAGCAUUUGUUAAACAUGGGAGAAUUCAUACUGGUGAGAAACCAUGUGAAUGUAAAGAAUGUGGAAAGGCCUUUAGUACCUCCUCAUACCUUGUUCAACAUCAGCGAAUUCAUACUGGUGAAAAACCCUAUGAAUGUAAAAAACGUGGGAAGGCCUUUACUGUGUAUGGACAACUUACUCGACAUCAGAGAAUUCAUACUGGUGAGAAACCUUUUGAAUGUAAGGAAUGUGGAAAGGCCUUUAGACUUAGCUCAUUUCUUUUAUUACAUCAGAGAAUUCAUGCAGGGGUAAAGCCCUAUGAAUGCAAGGAAUAUGGGAAGGCCUUUAGUCAGGCCUCAUACCUUGUUUAACAUGAAAGACUUCACACAGGUGAGAAACCCUAUGACUGUAAGGAGUGUGGCAAGGCCUUUAGUACUGGCUCACACCUUGUUCAGCACCAGAGGACUCAUACUGGUGAGAAACCCUCUGAAUGUAAGGAGUGUGGGAAGGCUUUUAUUAGUUGCCAUCAACUUACUGUACAUCAAAGGGUUCACACUGGUGAGAAGCCCUACAAAUGUAAGGAAUGUGGAAAGAUCUUUAGAGCCUUUAGUUCUGGCUCUUAUCUAGUUCAACAUAUGAGAAUUCAUACUGGUGAGAAGCCUUAUGAAUGUAGGGAAUGUGGAAAAGCCUUUACUGUCUAUGGACAACUUAUUGGACAUCAGAGUGUUCAUACUGGUGAGAAACCCUCUGAAUGUAAGGAGUGUGGCAAGACCUUUAGACUUAAUUCUUUCCUUACUGAACAACAGAGGAUGCACACUGGUGAGAAACCCUUUAAAUGUAAAAAAUGUGGGAAGGCCUUUAGAUACAGUUCAGCCCUUAAAGCACAUCAGAGAAACCAUAUGGGUGUAAAACCCUAA